AGGGCGAGUCGCGACACGCACCCAUCCCCCUCCCAGCUCGGGUGGCCCCGGGCCCCGGGCGGCGGCGGGGAGGUGGGGAAGCCCCGGCCACGCCGCCCCUCGCUCCCCUCCCCCGGGGCCGGCCGAGCGCGCCGCCCCCGCCCCCGCCCCCGCCCCGUCUGCGCGUCCUCCCGGGGAGGGGUCGGGGGGCGCGGCGCCCCACAUAACACUCCCCCUCCUGCGCUCGGAGCCACCCCUCUCCCCUCCCUCCUGCAAACACCGCCGCCUCCCCUGCCACCGCCGCCACCUCGCCUGACGCUCCGCAGCUCGCCGCGGCCGGGGGGCGGUGCGCGGACCGUGCGCGCCAGGGGCGCCAGAUGUGCAGUCGCCGCUGCCGCCAGUGACCGAGCCGCAGCCCGAGCGGGAUCGGGCCGCCUCCCCGAUGCUGCGGGGGCGACCUUGAGCGCGCCCCGGCUUCCUCGGCGGGGACCCCGACACCGCGAGCGCCGUGUCCGGUCCUGCCCUCUCCAGCCCGGCUCGCCCCGCGUUCGGACAUGGAGGGGGCCGCUGCGCCCGCGGCCGGGGACGGCCCAGACUUGCGGCCGGGGGCGCCGGGCUCUCCCCCGGAGGCGGUGGCCGGGGGCGCCGGGCUCGCCCCCGCGGUGGCGGCGGCCCCGGAGCCCAGGAAGCCGCACGGGGUGAAGCGGCAUCACCACAAGCACAACUUGAAGCACCGCUACGAACUGCAGGAGACCCUGGGCAAAGGCACCUACGGCAAAGUCAAGAGGGCCACCGAGAGGUUUUCGGGCCGAGUGGUUGCUAUAAAAUCCAUUCGUAAGGACAAAAUUAAGGAUGAACAAGACAUGGUUCACAUCAGACGAGAGAUUGAGAUCAUGUCAUCCCUCAACCAUCCUCAUAUCAUCAGUAUUUAUGAAGGUCAGUGAUUUUUUUUUUUUUUUUUCACCCGCGUAUCAGUUACCAUUUCUCAUACCAUGGGGCCUGCCAAGAUUUUUAGGUAAUUGCCCUUCUGGGCAAGAGCCAAGUAGUUUUUUUCUUCAUGAUGCAAAAAUAGCUGGGUGUUAUCUCCUAUUUGGUUACCUCGAACGCAACCAGACACACGGAGCACGGCUCCCUUUGGUCAU